AUGUUAAAAGAAAAUGAUGUUAAAGAAAUUGUAAACGAUAAAGAAUAUAUCAUAGAAGUUGAUUUAACUCUUGAAAAUUUCCUUCAAAUUAUUUUAACUGAUAAAUAUGCAAUAUCUUUACAUACUGAAAAUAUUGAAUUAAUAUUUCAUAAUUCAAUAGAAAAAGAUCAAGAACAGAAAACAUGUGGAUCGUUAGCAGUAGAUUCAAUAAAUGUUAAUGUACCAGAAAGCGAUGAAGGUGAAACAAAAGAUACUGAUUGUGAUAUACUUGCUCCGUCAUCGAAAUCAACUACCGUAACUAAAAGAAAAAAUCAAAGAGAAAAUAUUAAAAAGAUAACAUCAAAUCAUCAAUCAGUUUGUAUUGCUUGA